UGAUACCGAGCCACAGUAACAGUUGACUGAGCAUCUGCGGCAGCAGCACUAUUUACUCACGAGUUAUUUAAAGUUUCGCACGCGGCACCCGGCGGCAUCAGUGUAUAGCUAGCAGUCAGCCGAAGACAGAGCACGAGAGAGGGAGAGGAGAGCGGAUGCAUCUCGCGCCGUGCUGCUAUAGCUGUAUAUUUUUCUCGAAUGCCGACGCGUCUGCCAUCCACAUGUGUGGCGAGCUAAGAAGUCUGGUCGCAACCUACCGUGUUCUAGACGCUGGACGGGAGUUUGAACAGUUGUGCGCAUUCGUUCUUGCGAGUACCGCAUCCGUGGAGAAUACGUGCGGAAGCAAGCAGGCGCGUAUAUCUAUCGCGCCUACUAUCAAUAGGUAAUCCGUGCCAGUAGAACAAGAGAUGGAGAAAACAACGGCAACGAUGAGUGGGACAAGCACGCCCGCGGAGGUGGACGCCGAGUAUGCGUACCACAUGAAACAGUUGGAGUCACUUCUGAUGUGUCCGAUCUGCCUCGACCGCUACCGGAACCCGAAGUUGCUGCCCUGCCAGCACACGUUCUGCUUCGAAUGUCUCGAAGGAUGCGAGGAUAUCGUGCGCCGUCAGGUGAAAUGCCCGGAGUGUCGUGCCGAGCACCACAUACCCUUCAAGGGCCUCGACCACUUCCCGAACAAUCUGACGCUGUGCAAGUUCCUCGAGCUGCCCACAGCGAUGCUGGCUCUGCCGGCGCCCGCCGAUGGAGAAAUGGCUGACAUAAUCGAGAAGUUCGCGCAGUACGGCCAGUGCGCCAACUGCGAGGAGAACGCGAGCCUCUCGAAGUGCGGACACUGCGACCGCAAGAUCUGCGGCGACUGCAAGAAGGGCCACAUCGACACGCUGCGGCGCGAGACGGUUCGUCUGCUCAACCAAGCGAAGCGCACGCUGCCACGACUCGUCGAGGCAAUCGACUCGCUGAACCUCGACACGACGCGCCAGAAGCAGAACCUGGACAGCAUCAAGCAGGAGAUACAGGACCUCGUGAAGAAGCUCGCCAAGGAGCUGCAGGACCGCGGCCAGCUGCUCGUCUCGCAGGUCGAGAACGUCUCGCGCUCGGAGAACUCGAUCGUACAGUCGCAGAUGGGCAUCCUGCAGCAGGAGAAGGACAACAUUACGAAUCUGGUCGCCGCCUACGAGGAGAAGGUGCGCGACCCAAAGAGCGACAUCACCGAUCAGGACAUGGCCAACCUGAAACGCGACCUGCUCGAGAGCCUGGAGACGGUGCGACAGCUGAGCCUCGACUGCAUGGACAACCACGCGCGCGUGCGCUUCGUCGCCGACGGCGAAGACCUCCACCAGCAGGUGAACAAGUUCGGCGACGUCAAGGUCGUCGGCGGACGCGUUUUCAAUCAACCGCAGCAGCUGAUUAUCCCGCAGAUAGACGUGCACCAGUCGCCGGCGAGCACGAUCGCCGACACAAGCAGCUACCGCAGCACGGGCACGAGAUCUACGUCGCCGUACCGGUCCAGUUACAUGCGCGACAGAGAGCGCGAUAGAGAUAACGAGUCCACUACGACCGGUAGUCGGUACAGCUGGGCCGGCAGCAACCGCGACGAUGGUGAUACCGGAAGCGGAACCCGCUACGGCUCCACCCGGACCGAGGAACCAGCACCGAGCCGACGACAGACGGAUUCAACCCUCUCGAUAAUGAUGAGAUACGGGCAGAUGCCAAAUGUUGACGAUCUUAGCAGGUUACAGAACGACGCGUCAUCUAGGAGUACACCAUCCAGGGAUGAUGACCGGUCCUCCGCUAUCUCGGGUCAGACUCAAAGGCGUGCUUCUCUAGCCAGCAAUGAAGAGCAGUCGUCCACUGCUAGCAGCCGGUGCCGAUUCCUGCACCGACGAGACCCGCCGCCAGAAGAACCGAGCCCGACAUCAUCCACCCGAGAGUCGUCGAUGGCGUCCGACGACUCGCUGGCGACGAACAGCCGCCCGGGCAGCCGCUUCCUGCGUCGGCGGGCGCAGUCGCCCGACACGGCGGCCCGCAGCAAGACGUCGAGCGGCAAGCACCGCUACAACACGCGCCGACACACGCACGGCGGCUCGCUGUUCGGCACCCGCGACGACGACGACGACGACGACGAGACGCCCGUCGCGACGCCGACCGCCGAAAGCGGCCGACCGACGUUCACCGCCGACGACGCGCUGACGCGUCGCUCGCGCUGGAGCACGCGCGCAGAAUCCAUAGACAGCGCGCCGACGACGCCGAAGCAGUCGACGUUCCAGUACGGCGCCUACGAUCCGGCUUCACGCGCGCGACACUUCGACGCCCUGCCCGACCCGCCGCCGGCGCGCAAGUCCAGCUACCAAAGGCAGAACACGGCCAUCUACACGGGAGACUCUCCCUCCACCUCCUCCUCGGGCGCCGCCGCCGCCGCUACUCCGUCGAGGGCAGUCGUCGAGACGACGGCCUCUCGUAGCUACGCGAAUCGCAACAGCUACACGAACAAGGGCAGCUGCUUGAAGGUGAUCGGAAAUCGCGGCUGCGAGGUGGGCAAGUUCACGUGGCCGCGCGGCAUCGCCAUCAACCCGUGGGACAACAGCGUCGUGGUCGCCGACAGCAGCAACCAUCGCGUACAGGUCCUCGACGAGGACGGCACGUUCCAGCGCGCAUUCGGCAAGCACGGUAAAGGUCAGGGAGAGUUCGACGGGCUAGCGGGCGUCGCCGUCAGCCAGUCAGGCCUCAUCAUCGUCUCCGAUCGCUACAACCACCGCAUUCAAAUCUUCGAGAACACGGGAAAGUUCCUGCGCGCGUUCGGCCGCGAGGGCCACCUCGAGGGGCAGCUAAACUACCCGUGGGGUAUCUGCUCGGACAGCAGCAACAAGAUUUACGUCUGUGAUAAGGAGAACCAUCGCAUUCAGGUCUUCUCGAUCGACGGCACUUUUAUUCGAAAGAUCGGCGGGCGUGGCACGGGGCCGGGCCAGUUCGAGCACCCGCAUUACUGCUACGUCGCCGGCGGCUCACUCUACGUCUCCGACAGCAGCAACCAUCGCGUGCAGGUCUUCGACACGGACGGCACCUACCGAAGCUCGUUCGGCAGCCAGGGCAUGGCCGAGGGACAGUUCAACUUUCCGCGCGGCAUCGCCGUCGACUCUCAGGGUUACAUAAUCGUGGGCGACAGCGGUAACAACCGCAUUCAAGUGUUCAAGGCAGAUCGUACCUUCCUGACUUCGUUCGGAACCUGGGGAAGCCGAGAGGGAGAACUGAAGGGAUUGGAGGGACUCGGACUAAUGUCUAACGGCAAUAUCGUAGUCAGCGAUCGAGAAAAUCAUCGGGUGCAAAUGUUCUAAUGACUGCGACCCGGCACGUCGGUGAAUCAUGCUGACUAAACGACCCACGUCGGAGCAACGAACCAGAGAUGAAGCUCGCUGCGUCCCGAAGUGCUUUCGAGACAACGGAGUCAUUCCGGGCGUGCGCAUCAUCGCCGUACGUCAUGAUCACGUUAGCAAAUGCGGCGUUGGAUGAGUGACUGGGGUGGCUGCGUUGUCUGCGUCGAGCUAUUUGUGACCAAGGAACGCAUCCGGGUGGCUGGAGAGGCCAAAACCCCGCUCGCGAUUUUGCAGUGCGAGCUAUAUGCGAUCACAGAUAGCCCUUCCGUGGGCGGAGGACGUGUACCCGUAAACGCCUACAGUGUGCCACUCACGUGGUGUCCCGAGAGCCAAUGCGUUGAAUAACUGCGUAUAGAAUGAAAAACAACCGCGUGUUAGCGGCGAUGGAGGCUGCAGAGGCAACCCCUAUGUGACUUCCCUGCGGAGUUAACACGUGGCUUCGCAAUGCGGCCGAGCCUCCCCCCACCGACCGCCUUCUGGAACGAUUCGAGGCUCAUUGAACUGGGGCGCAGCAGAAGUCAGUUAUUCCCCCAAAUGUGCUAAAUUAACUAAAAGCGGACCAGCCAUGGGUGCUUAUUAGCGUAAAUAUACGUGAUAGUAACAGCGAUAAUAGCAGCAGCGGCGACGACAACGACAAUAACAAUGAUGAGACAACGACAAUAACAAUGAUGAGACAACGACAAUAACAAUGAUGAGACAACGACAAUAACAAUGAUGAGACAACGACAACAACUACGACCGCGUCAACAAACGACAAUGACACUGACGAGACAACUGUUUCCGUAAGUGCUUGAAAUGUAGAAAAGCAUCCCGCCAGCCCAGAGUGAAUUUCCUUUUUUAUACCAGCACUGAUGAUGCAUUUAGGGUUACCGAAAUUCAUCCCGCAGUGCAGACUUAAAAAUAACUCCACUCAUAGACGCAGUACAAAAAUAGGGGUUCUUAGUACAAGCCCUUGUUACUAGGAGUUUAAAAAAACACAGGGUUUCCCUUGGUGGCGGUGGCGCUACUGUGGGGCGGGAACUUCCAGUGGCUAGGAAGACACUGGUGCUAAUCUGUCGACCUGCGUCCAUAUAUAGUGCGUAUAGAAAUGUUAAGACCUAGUUUUUCAGAAGCACCUGGUUGCGCAUAUACGUCUAAUGGAACAUUUUUCUUUCACUUUCGCAUACCAUAUUAUAUCGAGUGAUUACAUCGUUCACUCACAUUUAAUUGCCUGUAAAUGUCACGUUUGUACAAGGGUAAUGCCGCGAGUUAUGUGAUUAUGUACGAGAUAUUUAAUGCCCAGGGUGACAAAUACAGUCCUAAAAUUGUCACAUGUAGAUCAAGAGUACAUAAUAUAGAUCUCUAUUAUGUACUCUUGAUGUAGAUAUAUAUUUUAAUGUACUACAAGUUAAGAUUGCCAGGGCGAAUCUGUAAUUACAUAAUAAUUAUGAUAAUUAUUAUGGUUAUGAUAAUUAUUAUUAUAAUUACAUAGCAAUAGCAGUAGAUGCAAAAUGUUAAUGGGGAGAAGCCGAGAUCUAGUCAAAUCCUGUGUCACACGAUUCAAGUCUGUUUUGUUUGAGAAUCUGCGUGACGUUUUCAGGUCGUUACUUAUAGCCGAGCUAAGAACGAGUGUGCCUGCGUUAUCUCUCCCUCGCAUGUUCUGUAUGUCGCCAGUGCAGACGCCUGUACUUCGCUUGUUAUUGCCAAACACGUUAGUAGUAGCUGCUGUAGAAUCCGAUCUCAGUAACCCGUCACCAGCCCCGCGUUUGCUCGGAACACGUGGCUUCCCUUCCGUUGGGCAAAGCACGGUGCACGCUUACCAUUACUGUGCUAUUUAUAGCUCUGUUACUGCGCGAACAGCCACCGAAUGCGUGGCUACGUAUCCGAGAUUAACAGAUAUCUCUAGCUUUAGAAAUCAUUCUGUAAUUUUCGCAUUUUGUGAAUCGCGGUUUGUAGGCGACUCGCGCCUCAUCUGAAACUCUCAUAGAGAAGCGGUGUCGGAUUACAAUUCUUUGUUCAUUCGCUAGCGACAUCGAGCGCUUCAUGAGGGCGCCACUAGUGUCGACAUAGACGAUCACGUGUGUAGCGCGCCACCGGUGUAACGCCGGCAACCACGUGCGGGCGCAAAGUUUACAGCAGACGAUUUCAACAGAAGAUUUGUUUUCGCCCCGCCGCCGGGCCGCCAUCAUGCUUGUACUUCGAGCAAUUGCCGAAACGCAAUUCUGGGGCUUCGGAGAAGAGUAAGCUCAGUGUUUCCCUGCUGGUGAAAAAUGUGCUCGGCGUUUGCGAGUACUCGUUAAACACGUAUGUCUAGUUCAAGAUUAAAGCACCCGCGCACAUCGUGGCGGAUUUACCGCUGACGACGGCACUCAAAUCUAGAACUCACGGCCACUGGUUCUAAUCCACGCCCUAGCGACCCCCGACUGUGCACGCACUACUAAUGAGAACGGGUAAAAAGUCGAGAAGACGAGUCUCCCCCUGGCGGACCGUUAAAAUAAACAUAGGGUGGCCCCACGAAAGCCCCUAACAGCUAAAGCAAACAGCUAACACCUAAAUUCUUCGUGCAAAGGGUGUUAGCAGGGCGACAAUAUUUUUAUACAGUCACGCUGAGUUUUGACUUGGGGAGAAAGUAAAAGCAAAAAUAAUACAAACACUAUCCCGUUACUAUGUAUCGCCUGGGCUUCACACUAGCAUAACAGUUGGCUGUACAAUCUCUCGCAUUAACACAGGGUUGGCUUCAUUUUUACUUGCCAAAUAACUAUGUUAGGGAGAAGUUGUCCUUUUUUUGUUAAUCGACGGUGGAGUGAAGAAUGAGAUUUCUUCUUUUGUUCAACACUUCCAGUACGACUAUCCGCGUGUUCUCGUUUCGAGUGAUGCAACUCGCCAGCUAAUGCACUGUUAUGCCAGUCGACAAAAACAUCCACUCCGCUUACUUUAUCAAGUUUCUCACUAUGCGCAGCACCAUGUAGCCAAUGGUAACCUAAAUUAGAUAGGAAGCAAGAUCAGCAGAGGCCUACCGCGAGGGUAUCUUAGAUAUUUCGACUACAUUGUGUUUGAACGCCAAAACCAACGGUUGAACCAUCGCGAUGAGUCCGCACGUUAACAGUCGUCUAGUUGAUAACGCGCCAUGCAUAGUCGCCAUGCGAAUCGAGUGUGGCCUUUAAAAAUAGAGGCUGUGUGUGACGACGCUGACACGAUGUUACCGGCAGAUGCUACCGGCCGCUGCUGCUGCUGCUUCUGCCGCCACCGCCACCGCCGCUGCUGCUGCUGCUGCUGCUUCUGCCGCCACCGCCGCUGCUGCUGCUGCUUCUGCCGCCGCUGCUGCUGCAUGUGCCCGAUCUCUCCAGAGCGUUGCUCAACCACUGCAGUAUUCGGUGCGUCGUCAUUCUUUCCCCUGUGUGUGUGUGUGUGUGUGUUUGCCCCUCCGUCCAAUGCUACGGCUACAUCGCGUGCGUCAAAGCACGCGUGCAUCGGGCCGUGUUAUGACUUCGCACGCAAUUAGUUUGGAGACAAUACGCUCGAGUCGCGACUACGGGCGCUCGAAGUGUAUCUCCUUAUCGUAUGCCACCGCUGGCGCGCUCUAGCUAAUGCUUUCUCCGCUUUAAAGACGUAGAGGGCCGUUGAACCUGCUGAUCGGGCGUUUUUUACUAAACGUCUGCAUUGACGAUUGGCAUCGGCAAGUGUUCGCAUUCAUUUGCUAGUCAGGAGAUUUACGUGCCGCACAAUUCUGUAUGGUUGCAUUCAAAACCGUUGAGUAUAGUGAGAGAACUAGCGAGGGUGCAUAAAUUGAUAUUUACUAAUAUAAUGCGCGUUCAAUUGUAUUAAUAAUGAAUUAAAUUACCGAGUUAAUAUCGCCUUUGUUAUCUGUACAGUUUUUAUAUCGUGUUUAUGGACGAAAUCAUUGAUUGUUAUUAUUCAAUGAUACAGCUUUUCAAACGAUUUACGUCGAAAUGUGCCAAAUGUUAUAAGUGUGCUAAUCAAUAACGUGGUGCCUUUAAAAAUAUUAAAUCCGCGAGUUUUAACAGAAAUAGAAAACCGCAUAAUUUGAAUCAUUAAUAGUUCUCAUGUUAUAGCUGUGCAAAAUUUUCUUAAUAAAGCGUUGAUUAAGAAUAA